AAAUUAAUCUAUAGAUUUUUGUAAAUAUUGUAAGAAGUUUUGAAAUAAAAAUGAAAGCAUUGGUGAAAGGACCUAGACGGAUUUAUAAAUUCUUUUAUUCCAAUCCUAAUGCAAGGAAGCAACGACCGAAUCAGGAACCGGAACCUUACGAUCUAUUAAGUGACCAAGAAAUUGAGUGCGAGGUUGAGGAUGUUACAAUUCCACUGCCAUUUGGAGGUAAUCUCAGUGCAAAAUGGUGGGGUCCAAAGUCUAUUCGGCCAAUCGUAUGUAUUCAUGGAUGGCAAGAUAAUGCUGGGACCUUUGAUCGUUUGAUUCCGUUAUUACCAAAAGAAUUUUCUUAUCUGGCUAUUGACCUUCCAGGUCAUGGAUUAAGUGAUUUUAUCGGGCCGGGCAUGCAGUAUCAUAAUAUUGUUGACAACUUGUAUGUUCUUAAUCAUCUAAUGAAAGAAUACAAUUGGGAUAAAAUCUCAUUGAUCGGCCAUAGUAUGGGAUCUGUAUUAAGCUUUACGUUCUCAUCAGUAUUUCCUCACAAAACUGACUUUGUUAUUGGAAUUGAUGCUUUAAAGCCAGCAGUUUAUAAUCCAGUAUUAGUAGCAAAGUUCCUAGGAGAUCGAGUUGAAAACUUUAUGAUUGCUGACAAACGGAAUCAAGAGAAAUCGGAACCUCCUGCAUAUACUUUAGAAGAAAUGGUCGAAAGAGUAGUUGAAGGAACUCAAGGAAGUGUUGACAAGAACUCAGCACCAUACUUACUUAAAAGGAAUAUUAAAAGAUCCAAUAAGCAUCCUGGAAAAUUCUAUUUUGCUCGUGAUAGCAGACUAAAAUACAGCUUUGGUGCUGAUUAUCCUCAGCAAGUGUCUGUAGAAUUAGCGAAAAGAAUUGAUUUUCCAUACAUGUUCAUCAAGGCUACACAAAGUCCAUACUAUGAGAGGAAGGAAUAUCAUGAUGAGAUUUUGGAUAUACUUAAAAAAAAUCCUAGAUUUGAAUAUCAUAUGGUUGAUUCGUCACAUCACUUACAUUUAACAGAACCGGAGAAAAUUGCUGGAAUAAUUGGAAGCUUUAUACAAAAAUAUCGCAAACUACCAAGUAAAUUAUAAGAAACACAAUCGAUUGAAUUGUAUGCACUGCAUUCCACUUUAACAUUGCAAAAUAAUUGCUUUAUUUAGUUAAUACAUCUUACGUCAAAACAUGUUUUGA